AUGUCCUACUACAACGACGCGUCGUGGAACACACCCGCUCCCGGCCGCCAGCAGUCAUGGGAGCAGCCCCAACCGCCCUCGCGCUCAGGUACCGGCCACAUGGGAUUCAACGGCGCAGGUGCAGCGAUUCACAUGGAUGUAGGCACAAGCUCCACAGUCAACAGCGAGGUCGCCAAUGCCUUUGCUUCGCAGUUUGAGGAGGUCGACCGCGCCAUUGAGAACCUCAGCAAGAGCGGCAAGCCCCUCGGCCCCGGCUUCCCUCCCACCCCCAUGGGCGCCAACCGCCGCGAGUCGAUGCCCAUGAUGGGAGGCGCGCCCCGCCCAUACCCCGACUUCGAGCAGCAGCGCAUGGGCGGCCCCCAGCGCCACCACUCGGUCAGCGAGUACGACGGCUCCCGCUCCCACUCGGCGACCAACGUCCAGGGCUUCUACCAGAACCAGCGCGGCUAUGCGCCCCGACCCAACGACGCGGACCAGAUGGCACAGGCGAAGCGACGGAUGGCGGCUCAGCGUGAGCGUGAGCUGCGCAACUAUCAUCAGGAGCAGCAAUACCACAGAAACGUUUCAGGCUCAGGCUCCAAGUCGGACCGCUCCAUGAGCCCCAAUGCCAUGAAUGAAGAUGAGCGCCGCGAACUCAUCGCCCGCCAGCACCGUGCUUUGUAUGGCGAGACCUCCACCCUGUACAACAGCAACCCCACCUCGAGCCAGGAUGUCCGCGUUCAGACUUCUGCUGCCGGCCGUGGCCCCUCUCCGCUCGCCUUUGACCCCUUCGGCAUGCAGGCCCAGUCCGGCGAGGGCUCCGUCCAGAUGCCUCCCCGCGACAAGGACGUUACUGGUGGUGCCCAGGAUGCUCGUGCCAACAGCACCUCUUCGCCGUCCGGUACUCAGAACCCCGCGUUCAACCUCUUCGAUGCGCAGCAGGCGAACCGCACUUCCAACUCGUCACCCGGAGGCUCUCCUCCCGUGCCCGGUCAGAAGGCCAAUGGCUCUGGUGUCGCCCCCAUCGGCACUCGUCCCCAGAACCAGAACCUGCAGCAGCCAGGUGGUGCCGCCCUGGGCAAGCGCGCAAACUCACCGCUGCCGUCGCCUCUCGGCUACAACUCGUACAACGCGAGCGAGCAGAACAACAUGACGACAUCUGCUUCUAUGAACCCUUCUUCUACUGUCACUGACAAGGGCGUUGGUAUUUGGAACAACGGACCCUGGAGCAACACCCCCACCCAGGGAGUGCAGGCGUCUUCUGCUGCACGCGCUACCUCCCCCGCCACGGGCUCUACGGGCUCAACAACCGCGCGUCCUGCGUCACCAAAGCCCCCAGGUGGCCCAGCGACCGUUAUGCGCAGGAAAGCUGCGGCUGACCGCGCCGAGAAGACCGCGAACCUGCGACCAAGCAGCACAAGGGCGGCCGGCGCUGGCGGCAGCUCAAGCACUAUGCUGAGGCUAUACACCGAUGAGUCCCCCGGUCUGAAGGUCGACCCCGUCGUAGUCAUGACCCUGUCCGUUGUCUUCAUCUUCAGCGUUGUCGCUCUUCACGUCAUCGCCAAGGUUAUGCGUCGAUUCUCCGCAUAA